AUGCUCCGAGAGGCUUCUCUGGAGCUGCCGCACAGGAUGCCCGUUCUGGAGGAAGGCUGUCCCGUGCCCGGGUCUGCUUCUUACGAGAAAACACCAGAAGCUACAAGAGGACAUUUCAAACCCUACAGCCCAGUAUUUCUAAGAAAAGAAAAAGCCAGAGAGGUGCCUGAAGACUUCAGUCUCUAUGUGCCCCACUGUCAUUUUCAGAGCAGCACCGGAGUCUCUUCACAAACUCAUCCUGGGAAUGGGACACUAGCUGCUGAUUUUUAUGAGCCUGAAGAUACAGAUAGUGACAUUGGGACAUACUCAGUCCAGGGCUGGAAGGAAAAAAUCCAGAAAUAUACCUCUGAACCAGGAGAUUUUAACAGGAAGACAAAAGUGCUGUCAUCUCUGGAUUUGAAAGAGAAAGAUGGCAAAAAUGGGAGGCGCCCAGAAGCAAAGCUUGAGCAAGAACUGAAGGAGGCAAAAAAGAGCAUAGUGCUUUGUAGUCAACAGCGACCUUUGUCGUAUGAUUCAAAUAGGACAGACUUAGGUGGAACCAGCCCAGGGUAUCAAAACAAAGGAGUGCUGUUGACUUCAGAGAAGAAGGAUACUGACUGGAGAAAAGACAGGUUUGAACUAUCUGGUUGUCCUGUGCCUAUCUUAUUUGCAGAUAGUGCUCUACCAGCUUUGCCAGUCGACACAAAAGAUGCUCUGAGGAGUCCAGAUGCAGUUGCCAGGGAGCACACAGCUGGCCGGCCAAAAUCACCACUGAGACUCAUAGCCAAUGUGAUUAAGAGGUCCAUUUUGGAACCUCUAACCUCGUCGCCAGAAGGACUAAAGCAGGACUCAGACAACAAAAUCAAAGCGGCUUCAGAACAAGCUUUCUUCAGCUUCCCCAGUACUCCUGGCUAUUCCCUAAGCCAAAGGAACAGUAACAGUAAUAGAGUAAAUAACACUCAGUCAAAGGAGCUUAAAGUAGGGGAGAGGGCAGGAGAACAUUUAGAAAAUAGGAGCCUUUUCUCAAAUCCAUCUGCUUUUUCUGUCAGUGCUGAUGAGAAGUCUCCAAGGGAUUACAGGGAGGAGAUAUACUUCCCAGUCUACAGUCCUUACACCAGGCCUUCCAAAACAACCAGUGUACCUCAGAAAUCAUCUUGCACUAGAAUGGAGGAUGUCCCAGGACUCCUAGAAAAGUUUACCAUUAAAGAGACUUCUCCAGGAGUUCCCAUGGAUGACAUAUUUAUCUGUAAUGAAAAGUACCUCCUUCUCUCAUCUCCAGAGCCUAAGAACACCUCCAAGGAUGAUCUGGAUGACUCCACACAAAAGGGUAGUCGAUGUGAACACAUACCUGUCAGAAAACAAGCUACUGAGUACUCUACGUCUUCCUCCGAUGAUGAAUUUGAACCUAAGACUUCAUUAAAACAUAAGGCAAAAAGGGCACUCAGAAGGAGAAGGAAGCUGGAGAAGGAGACAAAGCAACUGAUUAAACAAGAGGAGCUGAAGAGGCUUCAUAAAGCACAGGCAGUCCAGCGCCAACUAGAAGAAUUGGAGGAAAGACAAAGAGCUCUGGAGAUUUUUGGUGUCAAACUGGAAAGAGAACUAAGAGGAGAAUCAG